AUGCACCUGACAAAGCUGAUAGGGGCUGCUGCUUCUGAGCGAGCUCUAGUCCCCCCUGCUGCUGAUGCUGCUGCUGCUGAUGCUGCUGCCGAUGCUGCUGCCGAUGCUGCUGCUGAUGCUGCUGCUGCUGAUGCUGCUGCUGCUGAUGCUGCUGCCGAUGCUGCUGCCGAUGCUGCUGCUGCUGCUGCUGCUGCUGCUGCUGCUGCUGCUGCUGCUGCUGCUGCUGCUGCUGCUGCUGCUGCUGCUGCUGCUGCUGCUGCUGCUGCUGCUGCUGCUGCUGCUGCUGCUGCUACUGCUGCUUCGGGUCAAACAGCUGCUGCUAUUGGAGCGUUUGCUGUUAAGGGAGUGGAAGGUACGUGUGGGUUGAUGAGCGAGGAGAGGGACGGAGGUGUGGGCAAUGGUGCUCCUGGGAGUGCAAAGAGGAGUGGAGCAGAAGGGGAUGGUAACGGGAGUGGGAAGGAAUUUGUUUUGAAUCGUAGUGGAUUACUAGAGGGGGGAGCAAGGGAGGAUGGGGAGGAGCAUGGGAGGAGUGGUUGUUGUGGGAAGAGGAGGAAAAAAGGACAACACGAGGGAGACACAGAGAAUGUGUCGGAAAGGGAAGAGGGGAGAGGUGUGCAAGAGCAAGAGGGGGGAGGAGUGCAGGAGGCGAAUGGCCUCGAGGAGGUGCUUUCAUGCAAGCAUGCGAAUGCUGACCUCUUCCAAGUUGUCGAAGCCGGACCUGAAAAGGCUGGGAAUGACGCGAAAGUUGACAGUGAGCAAUUGCAGGUGGUUGGAGCAGAAAAUGACGAAGCGGGGCAGUUGCGGGUGCAGCCGCUGUCUCGGCGUGUGCUGCAGCGAGAGCCCCUGUUUGACCAGAUGAUCGCCAACUGGUACAGCGGAGACCAGGUCCUCCCGUAUCCCCAUGCCCCCACCUCCCAUGCCCCCACCUCCCAUGCCCCCACCUCCCAUGCCCUCCCCUCCCAUGCCCCCACCUCCCAUGCCCUCCCCUCCCAUGCCCCCACCUCCCAUGCCCUCCCCUAUCCCCAUGUCCCUAUUCGCAUGCCUUCCUUAUCCACAUGUCCACUUUCCCCAUGCCUUCUACUGUUCAGAUGUUCUUAUGCCAUCACCUGUCACUGCCAAGCAUUCAUGCAUCCACCACCCAUUGCUGACAUGGCAUGCAUUCACCCAUCCGCCCUCCCAUUGCUGACGUGGGGUACAGGGUAUCAAGCCGCAUGUGGACUUGAUGCGAUUCGACGAUGGCAUCGCCAUCCUCUCCCUCCUCUCGCCCUGCGUCAUGACCCUUGCUCCCUCUCCACCCCCCACCACCGCUCCCAACCCCACCCCAACCACCACCGUCAACCCCACCAGCACCAUCCCCACCACUGCCUCCCCAAGUUCGCCCACUUCCCCUUCUGGCUUCCCUGA